CAAAAAAGAAAGGAAAAUCCGAAGCGCCACGUACCCCUCUCGAGCUCCUGACGCCCUCCUUUCUCCUUCCUCCCUCCCGCAGCUGCGAAUCUCCGCCAGCGCGGCCUCCUUCCUCGGAUCAAUCGCGUCUAUUGCGAACGACCAGCCAUGUGCAGUAUCAUAUACACAGAAACUUAAUUUCACCAGGGGCAUAUUGUUGAUUUACUGUUGGGCUGGGAAGCUAAUUGCGAACCUUAUUGUCAUGGGCUCUACGAUUAUAGGAAGAGCUAUGCUUCAGGCAUACCGAAAAGCACUUGAAAAUGCAAAUAAAACUGGUGUGGCCCAUGAAGCAAUCAACAAUAUCCGUAGGGCCAGCAAGACAAUGACCGAGCAAGAAGCGAGGCAGAUAUUGGGUGUGACUGAGCAGUCGACAUGGGAAGAGAUUAUACAGCGGUAUGACAAGCUAUUCGAGAGAAAUGCGACAUCUGGGAGCUUUUACCUCCAAUCCAAGGUUCACCGGGCCAAGGAGUGCCUAGAAAAAGUGUACCAAAAGAACAAGCAAGAUGGAACUCCGACCUGAAAUUCGCAACUUCUAAAAUCAGCUGCCAAGAUACUGUAACCUUAUAUUCUUUCCCCCUCUUGAGAGAAAUGUACAUACCAACAAUGGUUGCUGCUGUUGUGUCAUCAAUAAAAAAGUCAAGGGCGGUGACAGUGGGCUCUUUAGAGAACUAAUUUGUAAGCCAUCACUGAAUUCUCGUAUGACAUUCGGUAUGAAAUUUUGUUGUUUUCUUUGA